AUGGAAUAUCUUAACAUCAUUGCUAAUAAAUUAAUGAGUAUUGCUGGUAUUCUUAUGAUCAUAUUUGGUACAGUUGGAAAUAUUUUAAGUAUUUUUGUAUUUACCAAAUGGUCUUAUUUACGAAGAGGAGUAAAUGAAAAUAACAACAAUAGUCGAACAAAUAAUAGUGCUUUGUAUUUAUUAGUAUCAUCUUGGGCUAAUUUGAUUAUCAUUCUCUUUCCACUUGUAACUCGCGUUGCAUUCGAUGGUUAUGGAUUCUUAGUAGCACAAGAUACUGUGUUGAUUUUAUGCAAAUUUCGAUAUUACGUAUUAUUUACAUUUGAUCUUUUAUCAUUAGGAUGUAUCUGUAUGGCAUUAGUAGAUCGAUAUUUAAUAUCAUCAAAACAAGUUCAUCUAAGACAAUUGACUCCAACAAAACGGCAAACAAAACAGCUUAUUUUCUUGGUUACCUUUUUAUUAGCAUUACAUAGCAUUCCAUUACUUUUCUAUUGGGAUGUUACAAGUAAGGGUAUAUGUCGUAUCUUUUCACCUUUUUAUUCAAAUUAUUUUAUAUUUGCUUUUCAAAUAAUUCUUCAUGGAAUUAUACCAAUCGGUUUUCUCUCUGUUUUUGGUGUAUUGAUAUACAAACAAUUAAGAAUGAUAAAAAAACAAUCAAGCAUUAAUAGUAAUAUGAAUGCUGACAAGCAAGCUUCUUGUAUGAUUUUAUUAACAUCAAUUUCUGCUAUGCUUUCAUCUAUUCCAUAUUCUAUCGAACAAACUUAUUAUGUUGUUGUCGGUAAUGAUGAUUUUCAUCAAUCAUCUAUUGUUUUCCUCUGUCAUGUUAUUUCAUCUAUUUUAUUCUAUAUGAAUGUAGUAACUAGUUUUUAUAUCUACUAUUUUUCAACACCAAAUUUUCGCAAGGAAGUGCACAAAUUAAUCUUAUGCAAGAAAGUUGAUCGUCACUUCACUUCAAUUAAUAAUCAAGUGGUAGUAAGCGUUUCAUCUAACCAGCAAAAAUGA